AUGAAUACAAAAUUGCAGGCUGUAUCUGAAGCAACACAAUAUGCCUCUAAUGAGCAAAACCCAUACAGUAGACUUAUAACCAAGGAAGGUGACAUAAACAUCUGUCUGAAAAACAUUGACUCGCACUAUUUUCUUUAUUUAUGCCGGGACCUGUGGACCACCUUAUUAGAUUUUAAAUGGUACAUGAAGGUCACUCUUGUGGGUCUGGCUUUCAUUGUAAGCUGGAUUUUCUUUGGCCUGCUUUGGUACCUUAACGUUGUCAUCUAUUACAGCGAUUUGCAGAGCUCAUCCAAUCACACAAUAUGCAUCACGAAUGUGAACAGCUUUUUAAGUGCCUUCUUAUAUUCACUGGAAACUCAGACAACAAUCGGCUACGGUUCUAGGCAUGUCACUGGGGUGUGCCCUUUUAGCAUCAUUCUACUUGUCUUCCAGGUGCUUUUUGGUAUCGCUCUGGAUGCUCUAGUUGGUGGGAUGCUUUUCGCUGAGCUUUCAAGGCCAAGCCGACGUUCUGCAAUGAUAAAGUUCAGUCACAAUGCCUUGAUCUCCCACACUGACGGCUGUCUGUGUCUCCUUAUUCGAGUGGCUGAUCUUGGACGAUGCUUUUUGGUGAAAUGUCACAUUUCUGCCAAGCUGUUCAGGAAGGUGCCAUCCAAGAACUUCAGGGCUAUUACAUUCACACAGGAAGAUGUCAAAUUUACAGUUGAUGGAUCAACACAGGAGCCAUUUUUGGGAUUUCCAGUCACCUUUUACCACAUAAUUGAUGAACAAAGUGCAAUAAAAGGACUUAAUGAGCAAAAUCUAGAGCAUCAAAAGUUUGAACUUGUCAUUGUUAUUUCUGGAAUAAUUGCUUCCACUGGGGCUACCUGCCAAGCACGUACUUCUUACUUACCCAGUGAAAUGAAGUGGGGACAUAAUUUUGCUUCCAUCCUUUCAGUUGCAGAAGAUGGCAAAUACAAAGCAAAUUGGAAAGAAUUUGAUAGGGUCAAUUCGAGUGAAAAAUUGCAAUGA